CUCCUAGGUCUGUUCAUCAUUGCAACACCUGGUUACAUUAUCGGACUCAGUUCCUACCCAGCCCCUCGCGGUUUGGGCGGGGAGCUGUUCUGCCGCUUAAUUAGUACCCAGUACUUCGUAUUUGUGUUUGGUAAAGUCUCCGUACUAACAAUAGUGGCCUUAGCCCUUGAGCGAUGGUACUCGGUUGUAAAACCAAUCGACUACAAAAUGAAAUUUACGCGGAAGCGAAUUUACAUCUAUAUUGCCUCUAUCUGGCUUAUAAGCGGUAUUGCUAAUGGCUCAAAGCCAGUUAAAGCCAAACUGAACGAUACGUCUUUGCGAUGCGAAUGGAGUGCAAUUUCAUACCCCAAAGAGAUAUUUAUACCAAGUUAUACAACGCUAACAUUCUUCAUACCAACAGCAAUAACUUGGUUGUCAUUCCUUCAUGUCGCUAAAGUCCUCCAGCGAUCACCAGCAGAACGCAAUGUACGAUUUCGUAACACUCGAAAAAAGCUUACACGCAUGUGUGCUAUAGUAGCAUUGUUAUUAACUAUAUCUUGGCUUCCAAAUCAAGUUUUCUACACCCUCUCCGCGUUUGACAUCACCAAGGCGGAGACUCUGCUACAUCACUUCACCAUAGUUCUCGCCAUGUUUAACUCCUGUGUAAAUCCCUGGAUUUGCUGCUUUACUAAUCGAGAUUACAAGGCGGGUUUCAAACGACUGUUAUGUUUUGGCUGUGAGAAAAUACAUUCUCACCAGAGCCGCUUAUCUUCUAUUGUCGGGGAAAGCGAUGUUGGUGAUGGAGUGCGACAUGUAUUACGCUUCCAGUAUAUUAACAGAGGUUUAACUAUUGACAGUAAGCAAGACAUGGAGUUAACUUCUUAUUCCACCAGUUAAG